UUGUAAGGCUGGGUAAAUAUUGACGGGCGACUUUGCACUUUGCAUUCGCCACUUCCUUCUCCCUUUGAGACUUGCAAGCAGAGGCCAAGAUGAAGGUUGAGUUUGCUCCACUCUCCGUGCCACUGCAGAGAAGGCUUCAGACAGCCUCAGUGGUUCAGUGGGUCUUCAGCUUCCUAGGCCUGGCACAGUGCUGCACAGCUGCCUUCAUCGCCCUCUUCUUCACACGUUUUUGGCUGGUCAGUGCCCUCUACACUGCAUGGUGGUUGAUAGACUGGGAAAAACCCAGGAAGGGUGGGAGACGGAUCCAUGCCAUCCGGAACAGCAUCGUAUGGAGGUACAUGAAGGACUAUUUUCCCAUUACGCUGGUGAAGACGGCAGAGCUGGACCCUAGGCAGAACUACCUGAUGGGAUUUCAUCCCCAUGGGGUCCUGGCAGCAGGAGCCUUUCUCAAUUUCUGCACAGAGGCGUCAGGCUUUUCCACGCUCUUCCCAGGCAUCACCCCACACCUGAUGAUGCUCUCCCUGUGGUUUCGCAUCCCAUUCUUCAGGGACUACUUGAUGAGUGGAGGCCUUGUCUCCUCCGACAAGGAGAGCGCAUCGUAUGUGCUGCAGAAGCCAGAGGGUGGAAACAUGCUGGCCAUCAUCGUCGGUGGAGCACAGGAGGCGCUGGAUGCCCGGCCGGGGUCCUAUACCUUGCUGCUGAAGAAUAGGAAGGGAUUUGUCCGCCUUGCCAUUGAGCACGGCACCCCACUGGUGCCCAUCUUUUCCUUUGGGGAGAAUGACCUCUUCGAGCAGGUGAGAAACCCCAAGGGCUCCUGGCUGCGGCAGCUCCAGCACCGGCUCCAGCAGAUCAUGGGCAUCUCCCUUCCUCUUUUCCACGCGCGAGGCAUCUUCCAGUACAGUUUCGGGCUGGUACCCUACCGACGGCCCAUCUGCACCGUGGUUGGGAAGCCAAUUCCAGUGCAGAGGAAGCACAGACCCUCUGAGGAAGAGGUUGAUCAAGUCCAUCAGAAAUACCUAAAUGAAUUGCACAAGCUCUUUGAGGAGCAUAAAGCUAAAUAUAAUAUCCCAGAAGACAGACACCUGGAAUUUGUAUAGAACUCCUCAAGCAAGGUGAAACCACGGAGAUCAAGCUCCAAGUUUUCCCUUACCUAUGGAACUAUUUUCACAAGCUCAUGUUAGUCGCAGUUAACAUAUGGUCUAUACAGUGUAGGGAGAAGGACUUGAUUUCCCCGGCAUUUGCAUAGGCGUAGGGCCAGAGUUUUCAUUUUUUCUCCCUGUAGGUCACAUAAAAGAUAGAA